CGCAUGACCAAAGGGCGUUGUUAUUACGGUACGGGCAGGUUUUUGGUCCCUUGCGGACCCCGUAGAGGUCACCGGUUUCUAUAGCAACCCAUCCAAACAUUUUGCUGCGAUAUCUGUGAAACAAUCAGCGAUGGUGCGAAUUACUGAGGAACUGAUCAGGCGCCGUGCGGAGCACAAUAACUGCGAGAUACUCUCUUUGGAGGAAGUGUCUCUCCACCAGCAAGAUAUUGAGAAGAUUGAGUACAUCGACAAAUGGUGUAAAGAGCUAAAAAUACUCUACCUACAAAAUAACAUAAUCUCAAGAAUUGAAAAUGUUAACAGGUUGAAGAAGUUGGAAUACUUAAAUCUAGCAUUAAACAACAUUGAAAUAAUAGAAAAUCUUGAAGGAUGUGAAAGUUUACAGAAGCUGGACCUAACGGUUAAUUUUAUCGGGAAGCUAAGCAGCAUAGAGUCUCUGAGGCACAAUCUGCACCUGAGGGAGCUCUUUCUGGUGGGCAACCCAUGCACAGAGUUCGAGGGCUACCGACAGUUCGUAGUGGCUUCUUUGCCACAGCUGAAGUGGCUGGACGGCCAGGAAAUCCCACGGUCGGAGAGGAUCCGUGCAGCACAAGGCCUAGAGGCGGUGAGGUGGCAUGUCCGUGAGCAGGAGCUGAAGUACCUGGAGAAGAGAGCACGGGAGAAGCAAGAAGCCCAGGGGAUAGGGGGAGAUCAGAAGCUAAGGAAGAGGACGGACAUGAAGAACAUGCCGGGGUCUGAUGCCUGCUGGGACACCAACAUCAGCAACAAAAUCCCUGAUGAAAACAAGGAGCACCAGAAGGAGCAGAACCCGGAACAGGAACCGGAUUGGGACAGGGAAUUCUGGGAAAAACCAUGCACCUUCACCCCAGAGUCCCGACUCGAAGCCCAUCGUCACAUGGAAGAGAAGCGAAGGCAGAAAGAGAAAGAGAGGGCAAAGGACCAGAAGCCCAAGAAUCCAAGGACACUUGUCACAAAGGAGGGACGGGUCCUCAACGUCAACGAGCCCAAGCUGGAUUUCUCACUGUCAGAAAAUGCGGCGGUCAGCCAGGUUGUCCUGGAUCUGGCAGUUUACAGACACAUGGAUACCUCCCUUUUGGACGUGGAUGUUCAGCCAACGUACAUUCGAGUGACUGUAAAGGGGAAGGUUUUCCAGCUCGUCCUCCCCGCUGAGGUGCUUCCAGACAGCUCGACGGCUCUGAGGUCCCAAACCACAGGUCACCUGGUUGUCACCAUGCCAAUGGCUCAUGGGGAAAUUAAACGGAAAACAACGUCUGCCCGUCUUCCCAGAGUGUCAGCCAAUGGUGAUGGAGAUGCAGAUGUAACGAGGAGAGCGAAUGGAGUUGAGAGGCUGGAAGUUGACCCAAGCAAGCACUCUGGAAUAGAUCUGGCCAACAUUGUGCCCAAAGAGAGGAGCACCGCUGAAGGGCCCCUGAGACUGCGGACGAGCUCAGCAGCAGCUGGACCCUGUGACUCAGAAGACUUUGAGGAUGACCCUGAGGGUCUCUGCAGCAGCUGCCAUCGUCCUCACGUAACCUUCCAUGUGAGACAUCAAGCCCUGUGGAUCCUCUGCUUUUCCGGAUUCUUCUAGGACUUUCGUAAAUAAUUCCAUAAGUGAAGCACAUGAACAUUUCACGUAACAAUUGAAAACAGACACCCACGGUAAAUAAAAGGAUCCAUGUCUAUCUGAAGGCAGGAGCCACACAGAAUCUGAUCUAGAGGUGGUGGUAUGUCCAAGUGAAGUCAUAAAUUUUGCCGUUAAGGUUAUGGUCUUACUUGGGGCAUUGAGGUGCAAGGUCACAAGUCUUACUGUCUUUUAAGGUUGUUUCUUAUUCAGUAUUUCAAACUUUUGGGCCAGAGUGGUGUUCAUACUGUUAUUGUUAUUAUGAAUCUCAACAGCAGUGGAUAGUUCAGGUCCAGAAAGUAAAAAUCUUUCAAUAGCAGAAGCAAAGUUAAGUAUUUCUUUAUGUCUUUAUUUAGUUGCGUUCUUGCAACAGCUCCCUACAAUUGCUUAGAUUGGAAAGACCGUGUAGAAAGAGCAUCAGGCUUUUCUCCUACAAUUCCCCUCCAGGACAUCGUAAUGCGUAUAUCUGGAUCGAGAACAUUGAUUAAUAUUAGUGCCGUGUUUAGCCAUUUUGGGCGCGUGCCCUGCCACGCUGUUACCUUACUCCCAGCCACUAAACCCCAUUUGUUGUUUUGAGUCUGCUGCUCCCUAUGACAGCAUGAUUUACUGCAGUAGUUUAUCUCUGUUGACGCUACAGCCAAUCACAGACCUACUAUAGGUCUGCUGUAGUUACAUUACAGUACUGUUCCGAACUGUCACGUUCUCUCUCCGCACAAAUCUUCUGCAGUCACGUCCGGGAAUUCCGACAAAAUCCAAGAGCUGCCCCAUCUCUGACCGCCAGUGGAUCGCAAUGCUCCUCUCAUAACCUCCUGCGGACCCCACAGUGUCCCUCUGUGGUCGGCCAUUUUUCACCGUUCCCCUGAGCCGGAGUGUACAGUACCCAUAACAGACACAGAUCUUUUCACUGCGCCUCCAUAUUUCCUUUCUACUCUUGCCAAGUUUGGUGUUGCUUGCAGUAGUCCAGUUUGUAAUCUAUGCCUGUCGUUUGUUGAUUCCUACAUUUUUUUUCCUUCUGCAUUAAUAUAGCUUUGCAAGAGACAGAGCUUUUUCUGAAUGUUAUCAUAUAAUGUAUGAAAUAUAUAAACAUCGAUUAGUACUGUUCAUUCCUCCAGGGUUGGGGGUUUGAACCCUAUUUUAUGUCUGUGCAGUUUGUAGGUUCUCCAGUUUCCCAACAUUCUAUUUUUCCAUAUAGUAUCAUCCUAUAACAGCUGGCAAGUGAUAUCAAGGUGCUGUAGAAUCACUCUUCUUAUCCACCUUUCAUCUUCAUUAAAUUUACCUAAUACCAUUACCCAAAGUGACUGACAGUUGAGAGAAGAGCUACAAUUUAUGUGCACUCACUGGGAUUUGAACCCAUGACCUUCAUGUCGUUAACACAAGCCUCUACUUGUUGAGCUAUGGCAGCACUUAGCCUUGCUUUUACUUUUUGUCAUUUUUCUCCCCUAGUCUCGUCGCACUCGGCCUCCCUCCAUGGCCUCCGGAGACCGACUACAGCCUAUUGCCAGAAAGUGACGGGCUGACGGAUGGCGGCCGUGAACCAGGCCGGCCUGCCUAAUUGUUUCUCACAGCGGUGCUGCUUCUUGGCAUGAUUGAUUGGCUUCGCACCAUCACUUCAUUCCUGCUUCUGAUUGGAUAUGCUGAGUGUUCCUCAGCUUCACUGGGCUGUGUCUCUCCACAGACACGCACUUAAUUAUCCAGAGGCGUGCAAGUACAUUUAUUUAAACAGCAUACAGCUGACAUUUGGUCUCAGCAUCCCGUGCCUCUUUGUCUGCGGAAGGGGGUCCAUUUUAAACUGCGAAUGUUCAUUCUGGAUGUUUACUGGAAAGACUCCCACUUGAUGUCUAGCUAUGUAAGUGACCAUGAGGCAGAGAUCUUUCUGAAGAUUGAACAGGACUUCGUUUUGUGUUUGGUGAUGACGUCAUCUCUGACUUCUCUGAGUCAGAAGCACGGUGGCCGAACUCUGCAUAGAUACUCUAUCAAAAUGAAAGACUAAUGGGUUUAUUUUCAAUAUAUCAU